CGUAGGCUCUUUCUCUCCACGGCAAGUUAUAUCCGCGUGUAGUCAUGAGCUCUUUGCGCGCUGAUUGCGUCGGCCUGAAUGCCGCCUCGUCGAGAACAACAGCCUUGUCAAGAACAUCAACUUCGUUUUCCGUAAUCCUUGCUGAUCGACAGAACAUUCACGUGCACUAUCGACUUCUUGGACCGGACGCAGACGUCGGUAAAAUUAAUAUGCAUUCGAGCCCUGGACAGUGGCGGAGGUGACAGGGCGGCGUGCGAACUCUGAUAUGCACAGGUAGUCAGUAUUACAUGCCAUCACCUGUCUCAUAGCAACCCUUCGCCGUAUUCGCCGAGUUCUUCGAAGCUGGGUGGACCUCGCUCGAUAUAUAUAUAUCGGCUUGGACUGCUGCUUCACCAGCUACGAAGAGAUCUCUCUCUCUCUCUCUCUCAGCAACCUGAUACUUGUCUCUGGAACGCCUCUUAGAAUCAUGGCUCAUCUCGCAGGCAUGAAACUCGCGCUUCUCUUUGGUGUUCUCGGUGGUGCGUACGCCGCUGGGCUCGUGAAGCUGCCUAGGAAUGCAGCGCUUACCACGUACACUACAGUCACGACUGGGAACGACCAGACGUUCGACAACGUGCUCGUCGACACGGGAAGCUCCUCGCUUUGGGUUGGUGCCUCGAGCCCGUACGUCCCGGGCCCCAAUUCGAAAGCCACCGGCGAGACCUUUGGCGUUGGCUACGAGGAGGGCAGCGCGACCGGCCUGGUAUACCUGGACACUGUGACCAUCGGCUCUGCGACGGUGACGAACCAGUAUGUUGGCGCUGCGAACCAGACGUCGCUCCCCACCGACCUUGAGCCUCUGGACGGCUUCAUCGGCCUGUCGUUUAACGGCUCGAAUGCUCACACAAUCAGCGGUAUCGAUGGGCCGACGAACACGUUCCUCGACAGCCUUGUCGAGGAGGGCGUCAUUGAGCAGGCGCUGUGGAGUAUGGUUGUCCCGGCGCUGGAUGUUGCGGCCGGGCAGCAGGUCGGCGAGGGUGAGAUCGUGUUUGGUGGGUACGACGUGAGCAAGGUGCAGGGCGAGAUCGCCUGGCUGGACAUUAUCAACCCGUUCAACCAGUCCAUGUGGAGCUUCAACCUGCGUGCGCCUUCCAGGCCGUACCGAGACGACAGCCAUUCUGAUAAGCAUAUGGAUGGUAUAUACUUUGGAGACAACCAGAUCUCCGCAGAUGGUCCGCUUUUCGUCGACACGGACAGCGGGGACAUCUGGUUGAGCCUUAAUAUUGAGAGUUACCUCGCGAUCCAGAAUGCAGUCCCGGGCGCUGCAGGCGCGUCGAUCAACUCCGAAACUGUGAUCCUCGCGUUCCCCGCGAACGCCUCCCUUGCAGACCUGCCGCCGCUCCACUACUCGAUGAACGCCCAAAACUUCACUCUCACUCCCGAGCAGUACAUCGUCCCGUCCAAUGCGUAUGCCAUACUCAAUAUCACGGGCGACGGCCGGCACUACACGUGGUUUGCGAGCGCUGGCUUCCAGAUGGACGCGAUCCUCGGUCAGGCGUGGCUCCAGUACUUUUAUUCGAUAUACGAUGUCGGGAACAAGAAGAUCGGGUUCGCUAACUACGCUUGAGUAUAGAACUGCUUGCGUGGAGUCCAAAGCAGCUCACAUUCGCUCAAGGAGCUACUCGAUUAUUUCUUGAUGAUAUCGUGAUCUCUCACAGGCAUAAUGAUUCAUUACAGUUUUGCCUGCUCCAAUGUCCUGGCAGUU